AUGAGCACGAGACGUCCAAGAAGACUUUUAGCUGCAUGUCAUUCUCAAAAGAUCAAGUGUUCGGGUGACAAGCCGUGUCAGUCGUGUAGUUCUACAGGUAGGGCGGGCGAAUGUGAGUUUCCCGCCAACAAGGAGCGCAAGAUUCCAGUUUCUGAAAGUUAUCUCAAAAAGCUCGAAGACGACAGUCGAAAACUACAAGCCAUUGCAAGCCACAACCAAACACCAGAGACCGAACCAGCCUUUACUCCCCUCAACAGUCAAUCUCAGAAUGACUACGACCCGCCAUCACUCUCAAAAGAAGAGAGUAAUCUUUUUAAUCCGCUCUUCGAUAGACAACCCGAAAAGCCCAUCCAAGAACGUUCCUCCGAACCAGGUUUCAUAGGCGAAGCGUCAUGUGCUGCCUUUAGCAACCGACUCUUGUCAUGUCUCGACGACACAUAUACGCCUUCAACAGCUGGUCUAUCGAAUUACCACAAGCUCAGCACAUAUGCAAAGUUACCUGCGGCGCAAGGCUCGGAGUUUCCAGAACGGAUGCACGUCAAGUUACUUCUGAACGUGGCUCGACGUUUCAUUGGGAAUUACCACCCUUUGUUUCUCGAGGUUACCUUUAUGAAGGAGAUUGAUGCAGUAUAUCGAAGAGAAAUGGUCCCUUCGUCGCUGUGGCUCUGCAAGUUUUACGCUCUCAUGGCUUUGGGGGAGAUAUACACCCACAGAAGAGGCGUCGGGGAUAAUAAUAGGGUGCCGGGUACGAAUUAUUACGUGAGGGCAGUGAGUCUACUACAAGAGAAUCAAGACUACUACGAAGAGCCGUCUUUGAUGCAAGUGGAAGUUCUCACACUACUGGCCUGGGCUUCUAAUGUGCUGGGCCGCAUCCGAACAGCAUACUGCUAUAGCGGCAUCGCCAUGCGUCUAGCCCAAAGUCUCGGCAUGCACAGAUCCGCAUCGCGACACACAACCCUUACACCAGUCGAACGAGAAAGUCGAACACGGACAUGGUGGGUUUUGUACUUUUUCGAUCGUUUCUCUGCGUCCAAGCUGGGUCAGCCCAUUACAGUCAGAGACGAAGAUAUAGACGUGGAGAUGCCAAGCCAGGAAGGUUUGACAAAGGAUGAGAUGGCCGAGUUUCUGGACCCGCAGAAUCUUAUCACGAAUAUUAGGCUGGCGAGAAUAAUUGGAAACAUCUGUGAAUCGUCCUCUUCAAACAACUUUGCGUGGGCUAACCGUUUACCAGUGACACACAUCUACGGUAUACCGAAAGCCACAAAUGGUCUCUAUAUCCAUCAAGUACAUGGUAUACUGAAGCAACUUCGAGAAUGGCACGACGAACUACGAACCGACAUGCGCGUCAAAGAACGUGGAACUCCCAGACCUGUGGCAAGUCUUCAUCUGGCAUAUUACCAAUGCAUAAUACAAACAACACGUCCUGUUUUACUGCAUCUAUUCAAGACGCAAUUCCAACUGGGCACCAAACCGAGAGACGAUGCUCAACCUCGACAAAACGUUUCAUCCAUCACAUUGGCCCUUGCAGAGAGCUGUGUCAAUGCUGCACAGGCAUCUAGUCGCAUCGUCGAGGGAUUAUUCCUAGAUGGCAGCAUUGCUACGUUUGGAUACUGGGAUGCACAUCAUAUCUUUUCAGCAGCAAUGAUCCUCAUCAUGUCAGCCGUCAUGAAACCGACGGCCGUCAACUCUGAUCAUCUUGAGACAUUACUCAGCGUUUUGCGCUCUCUAAAGAACGACGGGAAUAUUCCAGCUGUGGACUUUUGCGAGAGAUUAUCACAUAUCCAAACUCGAGUUUCGACACUUAGAGCAACGGGCCGCUUAGAUGGUGUACCGCCUACUACAAGACCACCUUCACCGAACGAAAACCUCGAUUCGUCUGGUCAAAACCAGCCUUUUCAGACGCCAAUGAGCAUGGACACGGAGUGUAAUACUGGGGUGGUUGGCUAUGAUGAUGUGGAUAUUCUGGGGAACCCACUAAUUGGGAGCUUUUUGGAUGGGAAUCAGGUUCAGUGGCUGGAUGUGCUUUUUGCAGAGGAUGGGACGCUGAAGGAGUUUGCUUCAGAGAUUGAAGAUCAGUUUUUAUUUAGGUAG